UCCCGAUCCUUCGGGAAACGCUUUGCGUGGAAGUCAGACGUCGUCGUCGUCGUCAUUCCCAUUGUACAUGCGCCCGACGCACCUCCGACGCAGCAUGGCAUCGAUCUCGGACCCGUUGAUUAAGCUCCACCUCUCGCUCGAGCACACGGCGGCGCGCGACGGCAGCGGCUUCCGCGUCGAGCGCGACGAGAGCGUCGACCCGCGCAAGCCGCGGGCCAAGGUGCUUGGUGCGUCGUUCACCAAGGCCAUUUGCACGCCGCUGCCGCAGCCCAAGCUCGUGUGCAUUGCGCCCAGCGCGCUCCAGCUACUGCAGCCAGCAACCGCACCGGCGAUCGCCAAGCUCAGCGACGACGAGACGUCAUCGUGGCUGCACCUCAUCGCUGGCACGGGGCCGCUCGAAGGUCUCGCGCACUGUUACGCGGGGCAUCAGUUUGGCCACUUUUCCGGCCAGCUCGGCGACGGCGCCGCAAUUCUUCUCGGCGGCGUGCCCGGCUACGAGGCGCAGCUCAAAGGCGCGGGGCUGACAAAUUUUUCGCGCACGGCCGACGGGCGCAAGGUGCUGCGCUCGACGCUGCGCGAGUUCUUGGCCAGCGAGCACAUGCACGCGCUGGGGAUUCCAACGACGCGCGCGGGCGGCGUCGCGGUGUCGACGACCGAAACGGUCCUCCGCGAUAGGUUCUACGACGGCAACGCCAGCCAAGAGCCUGUCGCGACGGUCUUGCGCAUCGCCGAGACGUUCAUUCGGUUUGGCUCGUUCGAGCUCUUCAAGCCCGUGGACGCGACAACAGGGCGGAGCGGUCCAAGCGCCGACCUGCCCACGGACGCCAAAGAGGCCACGCUGCGCGCCAUGGUGUCGUUCGUCGCCGAAACGUACUACAAGUUGCCCCGCGACAUGCCGUUUGAAGACAAGACGCAAGCGUUUCUGCAAGCACUCUGCGAGCGCACGGCGCGGCUUGUCGCCAAGUGGCAAGCGGUUGGGUUUUGCCAUGGCGUGCUCAACACGGACAACAUGAGCAUCGUCGGGGACACGCUCGACUAUGGCCCGUACGGCUUCAUGGAGCACUUUGACCCGCAGCACAUUUGCAACACGUCCGACUCGUCCGGUCGGUACGCGUACGCCGAGCAGCCCGAGAUCUGCAAAUGGAACGUGCACAAUCUGGUCUCGCAGCUGACGCCGCUGCUGCCGCCGCCGAUGCUGGACGCACUCCACGCGCUCGUCGAAUCGACGUUUGACGAGGUUUACGCCGCCGAGUUCUCUGCUCUCGUGCACGCCAAGCUCGGGCUCGUGGCCGACGAUAUGUCGAAUGACGUCCUUGCCGCGUGGUGGUCGACUCUGACGGAGACGCGCGCCGACUUUACUUGCGCCUUCCGGGCUCUCUCGCAGCUGCGCACGAGCGACGCCGCAACGAGUGACGACGUGGUCGAAGCCCUCGCUAGCGUUUCGCACACGCUGGCACAAACCAAGGCCGCGCGCGCACCGAGUGUGUCGCCGGCGCAGCUCGUGCAUCUGCGCGACCUCCUCGAGAAGAGCCCCGCGCGUGCGGCCCAGUACGGCAUCAACGCCGAGGUGCUCGCCAAGCUCCAAGAGGACAUUACCGCCUACUCGGCCCUGCUGACGAGCGACUGGACAGACGCCUCGUUCCGUGACGCGCAGGCUGCCAAGUGGCGUGCGUGGGUUGACGCGUAUGCUGCGCUGCUCGUGCGCCAAGACGCUGCGUCGGACGAGGACCGGCACGAGGCUAUGAACGCCGUGAACCCCAAGUUUACGCUGCGCAACCACGUGGCGCAGGCGGCGAUCGAGGCGGCCGAGCGCGGCGACGACGCCUCGGUGCAGCACAUUCUGCACCUGCUGCUGCACCCGUUUGAGGACGGUCUCUCGUGCGACAGCGCGCUCUAUGCGACGCCGUUGGAUCCGAGCGCGCCACCGCUCAUGGUGUCGUGCUCGUCGUAGCUUGUAGCGAGGACGUUAUUGAUGCCCUUGCGUCUUUUGUAUCUUACUAUUCUUUGGCACGAACGCG